UACUGUACUGGAGAAUGUCAUUUUUCCUCUACAACUGCAAAGCUAAAUUCAAGCAUGACAGUCAGUGGAACAUGUGAUCUUUAUAUAAUGCAAGACGAAGCAAGAGAGGUGGACAGAGCACCCACUGUUACUCCACAGGCUCCCUCUUCCAGUGCAUCCCCUGUCCCACCAAUCCGGUCUCCAAUAUUAUCAAUCCAGACUCUUCCAAGACACAGUGCCUUCAUUGCAAUAAGUGAUGCCACAGAUUGCCCACAGAAAACUGUAGACGAAGAUUCAAGUAAUACGGGGCCACGUGUUGGUAUCGCCUUUGGGGUCCUGAUUCUGGGCAUGAUCAUCGGAGCUGUUAGUGUCCUGCUAGUUCACCGUUAUCUCAUUCACCGUGUGAAAACUGACACAAUAGAGCUACAGUCUGGUUCUCACUGAGAGCACCCGGCACUUUGGACCUGCAGUUGUGGGUGUGUGAGAUAGAGAGAGCGCGAGUGUGCAUUUACCAGAGUGUAAGACUGAAUGGUGUGUGUGUGUGAGAGAGAGAGAAGAUAAUUAUAUAUAGAGAGAACUGUUAUUUAUCUUUAUAUAUCUGUGUAUCAUAGCAGACAUGAUAAAGUCAAAAAUAUUUUUAUUUGGUGUUUUCCUGUUUUUUAUGUAUUGUUUGCUAGAAUAUAUUUAAAGUUCCACAAAUGGUGAAAAUAUAUCAAGCAUGAGAAACUGGAUCCUCUGUCAUGCUGUCAAACUGCAUGGAAUUGUCACAUGAAGUUUUCUCCUAGAGAUGGCCUCAGCUGAGGCCUGGUGCACAUUCUCACUAGCUAGAUGUGAAUGCGGAAGCAGUCAACUAUAAAAACUUUUAAAAGACCAGCAUUUGAGCUGCCUGCUAGACAUACAGCUACCGCGACUGUACUCCCAGCUCCAUGUCAUCAUUGUUGCCCUCUUCAGUUCUUUUCCAUUCUCUGAGAUCUGCUUAGUAUUAGGUUUGUCAUGGUUCCGUACUUUGAGUUUUAGAGGCUGACUUCCCAUCUCUUAGGUCUCUCUCUUUUCCUUUUGCCGCCUACAAAGACAAUCCCUUCAAGUCCUGAUCGACACCCA